CGGGCGGCACGACGGUUGUGGCCCCGGAACGAGCAUAAAUGCCUCCCAGUCGAGCUCUCAAUCUUUCGCCCCUUCUGCUUGGUGCCUGUUGGCCUGUUGUUUUAGUGUGCAAACUCAUCAAUUGCGUGCUAUGGUGACUGCACUGUGCCGUUUUGUGGACUUCUAAGCACGCAGAUGCGAGGGCUGCGCCGCGGGUGAUCGCAGAGAAGCCCGUUUGUCGCGCGGAGUGAAGUGAAAGUUGCGUUUGGUUAGCUGCUCUUAUGGACGUGAUCCUGCACCCUGGAUUCUUUGGCGUCGCUGGCGCGGCGGGGACGUCCAGAAGCCACGCCAAUGUGAGUUGAGAUGAAACGUCGAGUGGAGGAGGCUGCGAAGCAAGAGGGAAGCAGUAGUAGUGUUACUAGUGGGCUGAGCGGGAGACCAGGAGGUCCACCUGGCGGGCCGGCCAUUGUUUACAGUGGUCCGGUUCGCCAACAUCAUAACCGUGGCAUAACACCACCAGGGGGCAACGCUGUUUCGUCACCUAGUUUCCUGACGUCAACUGUUGCGAAAACCUUGCCAUCAGAACGUGUUGGCUCUUCAGGUUCUUCAGAAGUGGCUAUGCCAGCUUUCUCUAUUGCCUCAAACUACUCAUCAACCAUGCCAGGGGCUACAGCAAUUAAGACGGCAGGUGGCGGAUUGCAGGGAGGUGCCCCUUCUGGUCCUGGAUUGCAGACAACUAUCCACACCAUGCAAACGCCUCCACAGGUCAUAACCCAACAGCAACAUGUCAUCUUGCCAACCCAAACUCAUCAGCCUAUCAGGCACAAGGUUCACACGGGUUCAACAACUCCCCCCACAGUUACUGUUCAACCACAGCAGUCCCAACAAUCCCAGCAACAGUUCCAGAAACUCAAAGUGGAAGAUGCUCUAUCGUACUUAGACCAAGUCAAAUACAAAUUUGGCAACCAACCUCAGGUCUAUAAUGACUUUCUGGACAUAAUGAAGGAGUUCAAAUCUCAAAGUAUCGACACACCUGGUGUUAUUGCUAGAGUAUCAGACCUUUUUAAGGGUCACCCUGAACUUAUUGUUGGCUUCAACACAUUUUUGCCCCCUGGCUACAAAAUUGAAGUUCAGCAGAAUGAUCAGGGCUUUGCCUUUCAAGUUUCUGUCAGCAUACCCAGCCCUACAGCUUCAACCACAACUGUGGUGCACACACCUGGCGGUCCCAUCACAACCACAAUUGGAGGCACCACAACCCACAUUACCCCUAUUGGGCCCUUGGGGUCAGGCUCAGGUGGCAAUAAUAUUAUUAUUGCUCCGCUAAUGCCACAGUCAAGUUCUGCUGUCCCUCAGGGCGGAGCUCCUGUUGGAGUACCUACAAGUACUCCGCCUCUUCAGCCUGGGCAGCCUGUUUCCAUGGGCAAGCCUGUCACCAUUAUCAGUUCAAGUGGGCCCAUGGUGACUCACCAUCCCACUCCCAUGGUUGCUACAAGCAAUCACAACACACCUGGCCUCUCAUCUGGACCUUCAUCAGUUCCAGUUUUGUUGACUAACUCUUCGAGUGGAAAUACUCUGUCAGUGUCAACAGGUGCAGUGCCGCACCACGCUGCAGCACCAGUACACCACUCUUACCCACAGGCCACCGUUACCCCUGCAGCUCCCCCUCCAGGAAGCACAGUACCACAUGGUGUCAACAGUGUUUCAUCAACAAGUGGAGCUCAGACAAAUGUCCAAACUCACCACAAUGCCCAUCCUGUACAUACCUCUCACCAAAUUCCAUCAACGGGGACCAACUUGCACCAUGCUGGGAUGGCCCAAGCUGUUUCCCAAGCCCAUCAGGCAGUUUCUCAAGGAUUGCCUCAUGGUGAGACUAUUCCUCAUUCAACUCAAAGUCAGCCAGUGGAGUUCAACCAUGCCAUAAACUAUGUCAAUAAAAUCAAGAAUCGCUUCCAAGGUCAACCUGAUAAGUAUAAACGCUUCCUUGAGAUUCUUCACACCUACCAGAAGGAACAAAGAAAUCUGAAAGAAGGCUCUACUCUGAGUGCCAACACCAUUGGUGGUAAACAUCUGACAGAAGCAGAGGUUUAUUCUCAAGUUGCCAAACUAUUUGAAAACCAGGAAGACUUGUUGGCUGAAUUUGGCCAGUUCUUGCCUGAUGCCACAAGUCAUCAAACUGCUAUUGGAGCCAAAGUUCUUCCCAAUGACCAUCAUGCUGCAAAGAAGCCUACCAACUUGAAGCUUGGUUACAAUAGUAAUUCUUGUCCUCCUGGCCGGGAUCGAGAUAGCACAACUCCAGCAUCUGGCCUUGUUAUGAUGGGGACCCAUGCUGAAAGGUCCCACGGUAACCUAAGCUCAACGUCCAAGUUUGGAAACAACAGUAGUGUGAAAAGGUCUCCAUCCUUCUCUUCAGCUACUCCAAAUUCAUCCCAUCACGGCCAUCAGCACCAUCCCCACAGUGGCAGCCAUGGUAGUCAUGGCAGUCAUGCCACACCCCACGGAGGCCAGUCUCAUGGCCCUCCACCAGCUAAAAAGCACAAAGCAUGCAUUCGAGAUGUCACUCUUGCUGAUGCGGGCAAAUUUGGCACACUAAAUGACUAUGCAUUCUUUGACAAUGUGCGUAAAGCGCUGCGAAGCCAAGAAGUGUACACAAACUUCUUGCGUUGUCUGCAGCUGUUUAAUGAGGAAGUUGUUUCAAAGUCUGAAUUGGUGCAGCUGGUUACACCCUUCCUUGGAAAAUACCCAGAGCUGUUUCGUAGGUUCAAGGACUUCAUUGGUGCCUGUGAAGGAAAUGUUAGCGCACCAGGUGUCCAUGGCCUGGUUGGCGGGCUAGGCUCUAGUGGGCUAGGCAAUUCACUAGGUGGUUUGGAGAGCAUUUCCAACAAUGUGGCUCGUCAAGAUAGACCUACUGGUGACCAUGCAUUAGAAAUAGAUUACUCUACCUGUAAACGGCUAGGCGCCAGUUAUUGUGCCCUACCGAAGAAUUAUAUUCAACCCAAAUGCACAGGCCGUACUCCUCUGUGCAAAGAAGUUUUGAAUGAUACCUGGGUGUCCUUCCCUACAUGGUCUGAAGAUUCUACUUUUGUUACUUCUCGUAAAACACAAUAUGAAGAAUAUAUAUACCGGUGUGAAGAUGAGAGGUUUGAAUUGGAUGUGGUAAUUGAAACAAAUGCUGCCACUAUCAGGGUUUUGGAGGGUGUGCACAAGAAAUUACAAAGGCUUUCUGCUGAGGAGGUAGCAAAAUUCAGAUUGGAUGACUGUCUAGGAGGAGCCUCACCUACCAUACAUCAGAGAGCAUUGAAGAGAAUAUAUGGCGAUAAAGCAGCAGAUAUCAUUGAUGGUUUGAAGAAAAAUCCCUCUGUAGCAGUACCAGUCGUGUUAAGAAGGUUAAAAGCUAAGGAAGAGGAGUGGCGAGAGGCUCAAAAGGGCUUCAACAAGAUCUGGAGGGAACAAAAUGAGAAAUACUAUCUGAAGUCAUUAGACCACCAGGGUAUUAAUUUCAAGCAGAAUGAUGUCAAACAACUGCGUUCAAAGAGUUUGUUCAAUGAAAUAGAAACAUUAUUUGAUGAGCGGCAUGAGCAAGCAGAAGAGGGCAGCAGUGAAACCUCAACAGGCCCUCACCUGGUGCUUCCCUAUAAGGAUAAAACUGUCUUGAAUGAUGCCGCAGAGCUCCUUAUUCAUCAUGUUAAGCGACAAACAAGUAUCCACAAAGAUGAUAAGCAACGCAUCAAGCAGCUGUUGCGACACUUCCUUCCAGAUUUGUUCUUCCAUCCUAGGCAAGAAUUAAGUGACGAUGAAAGGGAAGAUGCUGAUAAUGACGAUGAUAGUGAUGCAAAUGCAUCCAAGGCUGCUCCUUUCAAUGACCGCAGAGACACCCCUGGUGCUACCACACCUAAAAAGGAGGAAGAGAUGGAAACAGAUGUGAAGCCUCCACCACAUGCAGUCUCCCAACAUCCAGAUGAAUGCUAUUCCCUCUUCUUUGGGAACAACAAUUGGUAUCUGUUUUUCCGGUUACAUCAUAUUCUCUGCAAGCGACUUACACGCAUGUACGACCGUGCUGUUGCUCUAGCCAAUGAAGAGGCUCAGUAUAGGGUUGACAGGAAAGAAUCAACUGCCAUAGCUCUACGUUUAAAACCCAAAAAUGAGAUUGAUGUUGAAGACUACUAUCCUGCAUUCCUUGAUAUGGUGCGAAAUGUUUUGGAUGGCAACAUGGAUAGCAAUGCUUAUGAGGACACCCUUCGAGAAAUGUUUGGCAUUCAUGCCUACAUCGCCUUCACUCUUGAUAAAGUGGUGACUUAUGCUGUGAGACAGUUGCAGCAUCUAGUGUCUGAUGAUCCCUGCACAGAGUGUCAAGAAAUUUUCGUAUCAGAACAAAAGAGAGGUUUAGCUGUUGGUGGCCCUUGCAGCACAGCUCAUCAAAGGACAGCAGCUGAAGUUGCUUAUCAACGUAGAGCUGAGCAGACUCUGGCUGAAGAAAACUGCUUCAAAGUUCUACUUUAUAAACGAGACUGCAAAGUCACUAUUGAAUUGCUUGACACUGAAUCAGAGGAGCAAGAACAGCAAACGGAACCAACGCCCAAGUGGCCAAACUUUACUGAAAGGGAGAGGCGUUUCUCUAAUUCUGAAGAAACCAAUAAUACAGAGGCAAACACCAGAACAAAAGAAGAAAGAGAAAACGAUGGUGUUCUUCUUAGGCAGAGGAAAGCAGUCUACUUGCCUCGCAAUGUUCGAAGAAAGAAACAGAGUCAGCCUGACGUCGAGAGCGAAAUUAAAGGAAUUGGCCCUGUUGCUGUGCCAGUCCCUGUUUCGGAUGGAAAUGACCCUUCUGAAGAGGAGAAAGGUGCUACAGAUCGAAAGAAAAAAGAGAAGUCGAGUGCUGAGGGGGAUGAAGAAAUGGAGGUAGAUGAGGAUGUUGAAGCAAGUAGUGGAAGAAGACAGUCCAAACAAGGAAAACCUAAGCCAGUGCGCCUUAACCAUGGUCUUAAUAUUGAAAGUUUAGAUGGUGCUGAUGAGUUACAGUGCCACUUCAACCAGAAUUCGUAUAGAAUGGUGUAUGUUAUCAACCGUGAUAACUACUUGUAUAGAGAACGAGCCCUUCCCAAGGCUAGACAGUCCCAUCCUACUGUGUCUACAAGGCUGAACAACAAGUUCCGAUCGUGGCACAAUCAGUGGGCCCAAGACCAUGUCAGUGAACUUCAACAGAAAGCAAACAGUGAUUGGUUAAUGGGACGGGGUGAAGGUGUUGUGCCAAACAGGACACGUGUUUUGACCAACAACGACAUCUGCAAAGCUCCCUACAGAACCUUCAACAGAUACAGAGUGGAUAGGCUAGUGAGUGAAAGUGCUUCUACAGCAACUGCAUCUGCAGUUGAGGCAUGAUUCUGCUAGUUUCACAAACUUUAAGAGCCUUGUGGAAGUCUGAGUAUUUUUUUUACCGUGACACGUUAUACAAUGGCUUAGAGUACUCGUGUAGUAUUAUUAUUUCCUUGACUGAUUUUGUUUUAUUUCAGCAUUGUGAAGUAUGAAUUGAGAUUGCCAUAGAAUAUGAACAUGUCAUAAACAUUCCUUGUUUGACACUGAUGUGGUUCACAUUUGCGGCUUUCCCCCCUAUGUGAAGUUCUAAUUUUAAGCGUCUGGUCACUUUUACAGAAUCAAUUAAAUGAAUGACUUGUCAGGAACUGUAAAUAUGUGUUAAUUGCUAAGUUUUAUGUUUUCCUUGUUCCUGAAUUUCCUGCCCCUCUAUUUAUUUCUCCAUUUAAAGCAAUAGUACAAGUACAAGUUUCUGUUAGUACUGUUUUUAUUGGCACGACACAUGGCUGUGCAUGUGUCAUGCAUCUUAAGUUUUGCCAACUUGAAAAAAGCACAAUGCCUAAAACUUUUCUGAACAUUUUAGUUGUUACAUAGGUUGUUGUGAGAAUCAUGUGACCAGUGAAUUGUUGUUGUAUAUAUCUAAAUGUAUACACAUUUAUUAAAUAUUUAUAUAUUAUAUAUAUAUAUAUGUAUACAUAUGUGUAUGUUAUAAAUAUUUUCUGUGAAUAUCGUGUAGGUAUUUUUUUAAUGUGGAAAUUAUGUACUUAGUAUUUGAGAUCUAUUCAACUGUAGUGAUUUGAUUGCAAUGUGAUAAACAUUUUGCAUUCUCAUAACUAAAUUUGUGUAAUUUAAUGUAAAUAUACAUUGCCUCAUAUGGAUUACCAGAUAAAAUUUGAACACAGUACAAAAUGUUAACAUAUUUUUUGUUGUUCUAGUUGUAGAGAAGUGUCAGUAACCACCAUUUCACAUCUCACAAUUAUAUAAUUGUUUUCAUGUUGGUAUUUCACACUGGUCAAGUCCUCUGACCAUUCAGCAUCCAAAUUUUAGCUUAACUUAGAAUCUCAAUACAUGUGAAAUUUGUGAUCAUUAAGUAAAUAAUUUAUUUAUGUGAAGAUGGGUUGUUAGAGGUGCUUGGUCAGAUGUAUGCCAUUUGCUUUGUACAUAAGCCCAAAUGUGAUGGUGGUUACAUUUUCUUUCUGUACACUUACAGUACUACCUAUUCAAGACAAUGUAUUUUAGAAAGGUGAAAUUGGAGCUAAUUUCUAUAGAGUGAAUAAAAAGCAAUGAACUCUCCAGGAAAAUACAAGACUAAA